AUGGUUGUCUCUGGUUCUGCAUGCAAGGCAUUUUCCUUCAUCCUGCACUACUUCUCACUAGCAAUGAUGUUUUGGAUGCUCGUCGAGGGUGUACACCUCUAUCGUCAGAUCAUCCAAGUUUUUUACUCUGGUAAUCCUCGAACUUGGGUUUAUGGAAUCUUAGGAUGGGGUGGUCCAGCCGUGAUACUCAUCAUAACUGGAGGCGUAAACCAUCAAAGCUAUGGCUAUGAACGAAGUUGCUGGCUGAAUCCAACAGAUGGGACAAUCUGGGCAUUCACCGGCCCGGCUAUAGCAAUCGUACUCGUCAACGUAGUUAUUCUCCUACUGGUUGUAAAGACAGUUGUAUCUGCAUCUCGAGGUCAACUUGACAACGAUAAGAUCAAGCAAAUCAAAGCUGGACUUCGGAGCACUUUGUUGCUCUUCCCCUUGCUUGGUAUCGCUUGGUUAUUGACACCUGUAGUGGCAGUUUUCCCUCACGUCAAGGCGUUGGAAUACACCUUCAACCUGCUCAAUUCUCUUCAGGGGUUCUUCGUCGCAUGGCUCUAUUGCUUUCUCAAUUCGGAGGUUCGAAACGCCAUCAGAGAACAUGUUCGCAAAUCUCGUGAAAGCAGGGCUUCGAUCACCAAUCCCAGUACAGUUUCAACAACUGAAGGAAGUGCAGCUAAGCCUGGUAUGAGGUUGAUCCGAGUCGCUCCAGCUCCAGUAGGUCCAACACAAAACCAAGCCGUUGUCUCUAGUCACUCAACCUAAGGCCUAAGCAGUAACACCAC